AUGAGAGGCUACCUGCUGACUGCAAUCCUUCUGCUGCCCUUGGUGGCCUCAGAGUCUGAGCACUGCAUAAUCAAGCGCGAACAUGAGAAAUGCAUGGAGAGGAUCAUGCUGCACAACCCCAGCGAUGACCUUGAAUUAGUGUGUCCGUGGAUGUGGGAUAACCUGACCUGCUGGCAGGCGGCCAGUGUCGGCGAAGUUGUGGUGGUCAACUGUCCAGAGCUCUUCCAUGACUUCAUGGGCCCUGAUGAUGAGAUGGGCAAGGUCAGUCGGAACUGUACCGAGGAAGGCUGGUCUGAACCGUUCCCUCACUAUGUGGACGUCUGCUUCUUCUAUGACAACACCACUAAACCUGACAUGUACUACGCCUCGGUCAAGGCCCUGUACACAGUUGGCUACAGCACGUCGCUGGUGUCUCUGACUACAGCCAUGGCCAUUCUCUGCCGAUUCAGGAAGCUCCACUGCACCAGGAACUUCAUUCACAUGAACCUGUUUGUGUCUUUCAUCCUGAGAGCCAUCUCAGUCUUCAUCAAGGACGGCGUGCUGUACGCUCAGGAGGACAGCGACCACUGCUUCGUACACACGGUGGCGUGUAAAGCAGUGAUGGUUUUCUUCCAUUACUGUGUCAUGUCCAACUAUUUCUGGCUCUUCAUUGAAGGUCUGUAUCUCUUCACUCUGCUGGUGGAGACUUUCUUCCCUGAGAGACGAUACUUCUACUGGUACACCAUUGUAGGAUGGGGAACUCCCACCAUUUGCGUCACCGUCUGGGCAGUUCUGAGGCUCCACUUUCACGACACUGGAUGCUGGGAUACAAAUGAGAACACUGCCCUCUGGUGGGUGAUCAAAGGACCAGUCGUGGCCUCCAUUAUGAUUAAUUUUGUCCUCUUCAUUGGAAUAAUCAUCAUCCUGGUCCAGAAACUGCAGUCUCCUGAUAUCGGAGGGAACGAAUCCAGCAUUUAUCUGCGUCUGGCCCGCUCCACCCUCCUGCUCAUCCCCCUGUUUGGAAUUCACUACACUGUGUUCGCCUUCUCACCUGAAGAUGUCAGCAAGAGGGAGAGACUGGUCUUUGAGCUGGGACUGGGGUCCUUCCAGGGCUUUGUUGUGGCUGUCCUCUACUGUUUCCUCAAUGGAGAGGUGCAGUCGGAGAUCAAGAGGAAAUGGCGCAGCUGGACGGUGAACCGGUACUUUGCUGUGGACCUGAAGCAGCAAAGGCACCCUUCGUUGGCCAGCAGUGGCGUGAACGGCGGGACUCAGCUGUCGAUCCUCAGCAAGAGCAGCUCCCAGAUACGCAUGUCCAGCCCGCUGGCGGAGAACGCCAACAUCAGCCUCCCCACCUGA